CUCUCGGGGACCUGGUCACCAGAGGAACAGAAUCUUCACUGCAAUCAAAAAGAGAUGUUGGCCAUACUUCAUGCUCUCCAAAGUUAUGCUCCUCAGAUAAGUCGCAGCUCAAUCCUAAUUCAAUGCGACAGCAAAACGGCAGUCGCUUAUCUACAGAAAGAAGGAGGUACAAAAUCAAUAGCAUUAUUGGAAAUAACUUCACAAAUUCUAAAUUUACUCGAUCAUUAUCAAAUACAUUUCAACAUACAUUACCUUCCAGGCAAAUUCAACAAUUAUGCCGAUCAUUUAAGUCGCCAUCGCCGACCCCCGGAGUGGCAUUUAUUACCUGCAUGUGUGGAAGUAAUCUUUGCAAAGUGGGGCAACCCAAUGAUAGAUCUUUUUGCAUCAAAAACGGCACAUGUAACAAGCAAUUAUGUGUCUCGAGAUUUAACCGAUCAUCAAGCCUUAUUUCACGAUGCAUUCAGCGUCCCAUGGAAUUAUCCAAUAGCAUGGGUAUUUCCACCCCCAUAUUUGGUUCCCAAAGUAUUAACUCACUUAAAUCAGUCGACGGGGACAUUUUUGUUAGUAGUUCCUCGGUGGGAAAAAGUAUUUUGGCGAGCGGAUCUGAAAACCCGCGCGCUAUCAGCACCGUUUACUCUGAGGAACCUCAACCAACAUCUAGUCGAUACGUCGACAGGCCUCCCACCUCCGAAAGUAGACGAGAUUGUACUGGAGGUGUGGAAAUGUGGGGGUGGUCUUCAGCGAUAGAAUCAUGGAACUCUGAACAACGCUCAUUACUCAAAAACUCAUGGCGUAAGUCUACUUUGAAAACUUACCAAACAGCAUGGGCACGCUGGAUUUCUUGGUGUAGAAAUAAAAGUAUCAAUCCAACAAAUCCAACUGGAUCACAGUUAGCUCAAUUUUUAUGUGAUCUAUAUUUAGUAGAUAAAUUAUCUUAUAAUACGAUUCUUCUACACAAAUCAGUUGUUGCCACUUUAUGUAAUACCGAUAUGUUUUGUCAACUAAGUUCACAUGUCCUAGUAAAACAUAUUUUAAAAGCAAUUUCCCUAAAAAAUCCAAAAACUUGUAAACCACCCAUUUGGAAUGUCAGUAAGUUGUGUCAAUUCCUAAACAAUUGCAUAAUAGAUAUGAAUAAUAUAUUUCAAGUAUCACGACAUACUGCCAUUUUGUUACUACUAUGCUCAGGCAGACGUAUUCAUGAUUUAACGUUACUCAGGAUAGAUCCACCUUACUGUGUAAAAUCUGAUGAUAAUAUAAUUUUUUGGCCCCAAUUUGGCUCAAAAACUGACAGCAGUACUUAUAGACAAUCUGGUUGGAAAUUACUUUUAAAUCCCGAUAACCGUAAUCUAAAUCCGCUAUUUUGGAUAGAGAGAACUAUAUCUUUGUUAAAAGAAAGACGUGAUGCUACAAAGUCUUUUAAUUUAUUCAUUACAAUUAGAGGUGUUGCCAAGCCUGCUUCACGAACCGUAAUAGCUGGAUGGAUCAGAACGCUGUUAAAGGAAGCCGAUAUAGCAGCUACUCCAGGAAGCGUUCGAUCAGCUGUAGCCUCUAAAAGUUGGCUAGAGAAUCAUUCUGUUGAAGAUAUUCUAGCUCGUGGGAAUUGGCAAUCUGUUAAUACAUUCCAACAGUUUUAUCGAAGAGAAGUUAUUAGGAGCGAUAAUUCUGAUACCAUUACUCGAUUGUUUAAUCCAAUUACUUGAUUUAUCAUGGGUUUCGUUUGGUACUGACUAAUAAUUAAUAAAAUCAUUAUAAUUUAGUUAUACUUAAUUUUGUUAGCACAAGUACAUGAAUUAUGUAAUAUUUAUUAUGUUACCUAAUUAUAUAUAAAAUAAAGACGAGUUUAUUUUUGCUGUAACCUACUCAUUAUCACAUUGGCGUUUCAAUUACUUAUUAUUCAAAGUACCUAAUUAUAUAGAGCAAGCAGGUAUGGCAUUGCAUAUACACCCCUAGUUCCUAUUUCGAUAACUUAAUGCUUCACAAGUCCUGAGCUUUAAGCCCACCUUGUACCUUUGUGUAUUAAAAUUUAAUUAAACAAAGAAGUAGUGGCGUCACCAGGCAAUAACAAACAGGUCUCAAUGUAUAAAGCUUCCAGUGACGGUCAAGUACUUUAAUAGCAGCGUUUUACCUGAAAUAAAACGCAUAUUAAAAUACUUACCUCACUGGAAGCUUUAAUUUUAUUUUGCCUGGUGAAACAUUGAGUCAAUGACGAUAGGAAGCACAUUUUUACAAAAGUAAAAAUCGUGCAUUCCCGCCAGGUGUCGCCACUGAGCCGGAAAUUCCGGUAUAAUAAUAAUAAUUUAGGACUGGCUAACGACGGAAACGGAAAUGCUCUCUCUCAAUGUAUAAAGCUUCCAGUGAGGUAAGUAUUUUAAUAUGCGUUUUAUUUCAGGUAAAACGCUGCUAUUAACUAUGUUAACACUAUGAAUUACAUAAGUUUAUAAACUCGGAAUAUACUUAUUUACAACUUGAAAUAUAUUUAAAUACGUAUAAGUAAAGAAUUCAAAAUAUUUAAUUAAUUAAGUAAACACUAAUAAAUAUAUGAAACUUGAAUAAAAUUAAAUAUCAAUACAAAUAUAAAUAAAAUAUAUUAGUGUUUGCACACAUAUUAUAAAAUACUAAAAAUAAUAAUACUAAAAUCGUGUUUAUAAUUAUUUAUUAUUAGUUUUUCUUUUAAGUAUAUAAUAAUACACAUUUAAAUAUCUAUAUCAAUAUAAUUAAUAACAAAAUAAAUAUUUACUAAGAAAGAGUUACAAAAACAACUUUUUCUGUCGCAUAAAAAUAGUUGUUUAAAUUUGUUUAAUUGUAAAUAUUUUAAUCUUUACUAAGAACGUGAUUAAAUAUAAUAUAACAAGAAAAUAUAAUUUCAUACUAUGAAUAUAACAAUAACAACCCUUUUUUUCCCGUUCCUGUUAAAAAACCACCAAGGGCUAACUGCAGUUGUUAACCCGCCUCCAAACGUGGCAAUUAUUGGCAAAACCCACCAAUCGACUCCCUAUUGAGGGGGGGGGGGGUUUGUUCAGCAGUGGACAGUUAAUAAGUGAGACAGUAAAAAUACAACAUAAUAAUAAAUUGUAAUUAAAUUUUUAUGUUUUAUUUUAAUAAUUAUUUUAAUCUUUUAUAUUAAAUUAAAUUCAGUCAUAUAUUUAAAAAAAAAUGUUAGUAAAAAUUUGAAUAGCUAGAUUGUAUAUGUUUACCUGUAUUAGGUAAUUAAUGUAAGACAAUUUUAAAUAAAUAUUAUUUACUAUUUUGUAAUAA